AUGUAUACGAUAGAAAUGAGUCAAAGGUGCUGCUUAUUAACACUACCCGUAGAAGUUCAAACAAACAUCUUUAUUUAUGCACAGAAUCCAGCUUUAGUACUUACUUGUCGACACUUUUGGCAAAUGGGUCAAUCCUGUCUGCUGAGAGCAAAGUACUUGGUAUUCCGAUACGGGAGAGAAGCAGCACUGUCUGAACGAUCGAUGAAACGAAGAAUAGCUUGUCUACCAGUUAUUGAACAUCUCAUCAAACAUCUUCACUGCGAUACAACCGCAGACGAGUUUUGGCUUUAUAGACAUGCCUGUGAAACACAAGAGGUUGAUGUCUGUCGUUGGAUUAUUGCAGCUGUGGUAGCAGAUAACCUUGCCAAUACUUCAACUUUGCUAAGCAUGGCUGCUGCAUGUGGAGCUGUGGAUGUGGUAGAUAUUCUCGUCGAUGAGUUUCAUGUAGAUCUUAGUCAGCCAUAUGCUCAUGGAAGUGCUUUACGUAUGGCAACUGUAUACAACCAUCUGGAUCUAGUGAAGCAUUUUGAUCAAAAGUACAAGCUGGACUUACACUUUGAUGAUGAACUGCUGCUAAGGUGCGCUUCAUACACGGGUUUCCCAGAAUUAGUAAAUUAUCUUUUGGAAAGGGGAGCAGAUGUUCAUGCAAAUACAGACGCAUCAUUGGCAAGUGCUGUUCACGAAGGUCAUGCCUCUGUGGCUGAAUCCUUAUUGAAAGCAGGCGCUUCAGCAACAAUUCAUGACAACUUUUGUGCUCGAUAUGCUGCUAUUCGGCUGCAGGAUAUUUCGAUUCUAAGGAAUUUAAUAGUCCUUGGUGGCGUUGAUCCUCGAUUUGAUCAUGACUGGUUGCUGAUUGAAGCAUGUAAACGAGGAUAUAUUCAGAUUGUGCGAUUUUUGUUGAAAGAAAUAUUAUCAGAUGACAUAGACAGUAUCAUCAACAUGAGAGAAGGGAUUUUGUUGAAAAAGGCAAUCAUUUACGAACAAGAAGCGGUCGUUCAUCUUUUAUUGGAUAUGGGAGCAGAUGUCAAUAGUGGUGGAUGUGCUGCUGGAAUAUAUCGUCUAUUGAAUGCACAGGAUCGAUCCAUGACUGCCAAGAAUAUUAUAAAGUAUAUUGUUCAGAAUGGAUUUGAUAUUGAUCAACAAACUCAAGUUAUGCAACGUGCGAUUAGAGAACUGUUGGUAUCCAAGCACACUUGA